CCGACCCACAGCGAGCACACAUAAGCGCAAUGUUGAACCUGCUACUGGAUUUUCUGAACAGAUCGCCGUCCGAUCCAGUGCGUCUGCCACUCCUGAGCAGCCACAGACCUGUCCUGACGAUACUGGCCACCUACCUGGUCUUCAUAAAAGUGCUGGGUCCCAAAAUCAUGCAAAACCGAAAGCCAUUCGAUCUGCGUGGCGUAAUAAAGGCCUACAACAUUAUGCAGAUCCUUUACAAUAUUUUCAUGUUUAUUUUCGCGGUCCACUUUAUGCUCGGGCCUGGAGACUAUAACUUGAAGUGCAUCAAAAACCUGCCGCCGGAACACGAUUACAAGACCUGGGAACGCUGGCUCACCUACUCGUACUUCUUCAACAAACUUCUGGAUCUGCUGGAGACCGUCUUCUUUGUCCUGCGAAAGAAGGAUCGCCAGAUAUCCUUCCUGCACGUCUUCCACCAUAUGUACAUGCUCUACUUCUCCUUCAUGUACAUGUAUUACUACGGCUACGGGGGCCAUGGCUUCUUCAUGUGCUUUUUCAACGUAAUCGUGCACAUCAUGAUGUACGCCUACUACUACCAGUCCUCCCUCAACAGGGAUUCGGGGACCGAUCUGUGGUGGAAGAAGUACAUCACAAUCGUUCAGCUCGUUCAGUUCGGGAUCAUUUUGGGGCACAGCAUCUACACCCUGAGACAGCCGGACUGUCCCUCAUCUCGCUUUUCAGCCACUUGCGCUGGAAGCAUCUGCGUUGUAUUCAUUAUCUUAUUUGGCAACUUCUACUAUCAAGCCUAUGUCAGGCCCAAAAAGACCGAACAAAAGGUCCUUUAAGUAUCGAAAUGUCUGUGAGUUGUGCCUUUUGAAGAUGUGCCUUUACUUAAGAUCUCUAUAGAGAUUAAACUAUUAAUUUAAGAUUUAAAUAAAGCGCUUUUUGCAGUGCACAAAUAUCGGUA